GGUGUCAUACUAUCCAAAACUAUGAUACAUUUUUAAAUGAAAAAGGAAUUGCAUUAAAAAAGUGUUUACAGUGUCGAACCAAUAUCAGACUUUCUCGCUCAAAAAAUGAAACACCUGAUAUGAUUAUCAGUCACUUGGACAUUACCGAAAUGGUAUAUAAUUCGUUGACUUCCUUAAAUAACACUGACGAAUUUUAUGAAAAAGAAAAUAAGGAAUUAGAGUUGGAAUUUAAUGUUGAGUUGUCAUCUCUUCUUGAUGCAAUUUCGGAUGAGGAAUUGCAAAAAGAAAAUAUUGACUUUGAAAUUGGCCGCUGUAUAAUUGCUUAUAUUUCUAAAGAAGAUGGUUAUUCAUGGGUGUAUCCGAAACAUCCUGAAUUAGAUAAGCAAAGGGAUAUACCUACUUAUUUAGAACGAUACAAUUGUGAAGAAACAGUAAAUAUAGAGAUUUUUUCAACUUUGGAUUUAAUUAAAAUCAUUUAUUCUCACAAAGCAUUACAUCCACGACCAAGACAUGUUGCAAUGACACUUGAAGUUAAAACUUUUAUUAAGGAUAACAUUGAAUUUUCUGUACCUGAAAUCUGGUGUCAAAUUCGAGAAAAUUUUAUUAAAGGAUAUGAAAAUUUAAUGGUACAACAAACUUAUUACUGGUGGUCGAUCGAAUCUCACAAAAAAUAUUGUCAAGAUUCUGAUCCUUUAUUGUUAGCUAAGUGUUUGUUAGAAGAACUCAACCAAGAAAUUAUUGUAGAUAAUCUUAAUUCUUCUACACCAGCACUUGGGUUCUUAACAUUAUUAUUUAAUAGAUUGAUUUAUAAUAAAUUUGAUGCAAUUGCAAUUGAUGUGACAUAUGGUACAAAUAGUUUGGUCUGUAAACUAUAUUCUGUUAUUGGUAUAAUUGAUGGUACUGGGUUUCCUCUUAGUUACCUUCUUAUUACAGCUAGAAGAAAUCAAAAUAUAACUGAAAUUCUUUUUCAAUGGAUAAAAGCUUUGAAAGAACCAUCUAAUAAAAAAAAUACAUACUAUUCAUAUAAUCCAAAACUUGCGCAUGAAGCAUGUUCUAUGAUAGAUCCUAAUUGGGGAGUACAACGUAAUGGAUAUUAUCCAUUAAUUUCCUCUUAUAAUGGUGAUUUAGUAAAUUUGUUCUAUUUGAAAAAUUCUGUAAAUUAUCAACCUUCAAAUAUUUUAUCAACUCAAGAAGAAUUGGAAUUGGAUAUUAGACAUGAGGACAGUAGUGAUAAUGAAGAAAACAAUUUUAAAACGGACUUGGACUAUUUGCAUAAAAUGUUAGAUAAGACUAAAAUGCUUUUAGACGAAUCACGCAACAAACCCAAAAGACAUUUAUGGUUAAAAAAUGUUCGUUCCAACUUUAAAUCAUUAGAAAAAAUAAAUAAUGAUAUUGCGGCAUUAAAUAAUCAUGAUGUUUUAAUGGCAAAUUUCUAA